AUGGGUUCCCGCAGCCAAGGCUUCUUCCCCCACCACCAUCACCAACGCAGCUCGUCGGCGGCGCCCCCGCUGUCGACGGUGCCCCGGCUCCUGCCCGAAGGCGGCAUGGCCCAGAUCACGCCGGGCCUGUUCCUGAGCCGCGGAAACGUGGCGUCCAACCGCGGCCUGCUGCUGUCCAAGGGGAUCACCUGCGUGGUCAACGCCACGCUGGAGCUGCCCAACUUCAACUGGCCGCACGUGGAGUACGUCAAGGUGCCGUUGGCCGAUGCGCCUCACUCGCCCAUCUCGCUCUACUUUGACGGAGUGGCCGACAAGAUUCACAGCGUGGGCCGCAAGCGCGGCGUCGUCUUGGUGCACUGCGCGGCGGGCGUCAGCCGCUCUGCCUCGCUGUGCCUGGCCUACCUCAUGAAGUACCACCGCGUGUCGCUAGCCGACGCCCACGCCUGGGUGAAGGCCCGCCGCCCCGUCAUCCGGCCCAACGGCGGCUUCUGGCGCCAGCUCAUCGAGUAUGAACGCAAGCUCUUCGGAAGGAACUCUGUCAAGAUGGUGCAGACGCCCUACGGGGUCAUCCCUGACGUCUACCAGAGAGAACGCCGCGGCCUGGCACCCUACUGGGGACUGUGA